AUGCCCAGUGCAUCCGCCACGGCAGAGAAAGCCGAGUGCCGUCCAGAACGGCUGAGCAACAGGCGGAAGCUGGCAGAGCGUACGGAGGCGAGCGUGCAGGUGUCCGAGUUCAAUGUCAGCUGCAAAGGUGCUGGGGAGAAGCUGGUCCUGUCCGAGCUCCUGCGGCCCAUCCGUCCCAAAUCCACCCUCAGCAGCGUGAAGAAAGAGCUGACCAGAGUGAAGCAGAAAAAGGCAGUGGAGCUGCCGCUCAGCAAAGAGGAGGCAAAGCGGGUCGUGAGGGAAGCUGCCUACGUCAGGACCUCUAAAGACGUGGGCAAAUGGCAGCAGGUGGUUUUGCAGAACCGACGGGCAGAGCAGCUGGUUUUCCCUCUGAAGCAGGAGAUUGCUACGGUUGUCCCCCUGGAGCAAGUGGCUUCAGCGUGGAAGGCCCGAACUCCCCUGGAGCAGGAGAUCUUUGGACUGCUCCACAAAACGCAGCAGCCCAUCACGGACCCGCUCCUGACGCCAGAGGAGACGGCCUCGCUGCAGGCAAUGAGCUUGGAGGAGGCCCGGCAGCGGCGGGCAGAGCUACAGAAGGCUCGGGUCGUGCAGUCCUACUACGAAGCCAAGGCUCGGCGAGAGAAGAAGAUCAAGAGCAAGAAGUACCAUCGCGUGCUGAAGAAGAGCAAGAGGCGCAAGGCCUUAAAGGAGUUUGAGCUGCUGCAUAAGUCGGACCCUGAGGCCGCCUUGGCGAGGCUGGAGGAGCUGGAGCAGCUCAGGAUGCAGGAGCGGAUGAGUCUUAAGCACCAGAACAAGGGAAAAUGGGCCCGCUCCAGGGCCAUUAUGGCUAAGUAUGACCUGGAGGCCCGCAAGGCCAUGCAGGAGCAGCUGGCCAAGAACAAGGAGUUGAUGCAGAAGGUGCGGGUGGAGCUGCCUGAGGAGGAGCCAGGGGAUGUGCCCGAGGAGGACCUCACGUCGGUGACCGUCCCCACCAUCCCUGCGGGUGCCAGCGGAGCUAAUCCCUGGAUGCUGGGCAAGCCCAGCGGCCCAGCCGAGGAGCCUGAGGUGCAGGAGGGUCUUGGAGACGUUGCGGUGCCUGGUGCUGCGGAGAGCAAGGAGGAGAUGGAGGAGGAGGAGGAGGAGGUGUCGGAGGAGGAAGCUCUGCUACAAGACUUUGCGCAGAAACGGCACGCGCGGCAGCAGCGGGCGGGGGGCCCUGAGGGACAAGGUGCCGAUGAGAUGGAGGCAGUUUCUGAACUGCGGGGGGACAGCCCCAUCCACGCCGUCUGCGCCGAGGAGCCGGCGAGCCUCGGGACCGAGCAGCCUCCCCAGGCCCAGGAGGAGAUCCUGCUGUCGGAGCAGCUGGGCCGGGCGCGGACGAUGGAGGACGGCGAGGCUCUGGCCUCAGAGGAGCGUGUGGAAGAGCAGGAGAAGCCAGCGGCCGCAAGAGCGGAGGAGCGAGUGCGGCAGCAGGAGGAAGGCAGGGCUGGGGACCGGCGUGCCAAGAAACCACCAGCCAAGAAGAAGAUCAUUAGCCUGCAGGCUGUGCUGGCUGGGAAGUGCCAGGAGGUCCAGUGCCCCAGCCUACCUGUGGUCGUGGAGGAGGAGGAGGGUGGCGUCGACCAAAGAGGGGUGAUCACAGAGGCCUUUGCCGGGGACGAUGUGGUCGCUGACUUCCGCCGGGAGAAGCGCAAGGCAGAGCAGGCCGGGAAGCCGCAGCCGGUGAACCUGGUGCUGCCGGGCUGGGGCGAGUGGGGAGGCACGGGGCUGAAGCCCAGCGCCAAGAAAAUAAAACGGUUCCUGCUCAAGCCGCCCCCGGCGCCUCCCAGGAAGGACCAGCACUUGCCCCACGUCAUCGUGAGCGAGCAGCGCAACAUCCACGCAGCGGCACAUCAGGUCAGCGAGCUGCCCUUCCCCUUCGAGAGGCACCAGCAGUUUGAGCAGAGCAUCCGGACGCCCGUGGGCCCCACGUGGAACACGCAGCGUGCCUUCCAGAAGCUGACCGCCCCCCGCGUCGUUACCCGAGCAGAGCGGCCCCUCGAGCCCCAGCAGGUCCCGGUCGGUGACGAGCAGCUGUCAUGA